AUGGCGGACGUCAUCGUCAACGAACUGGACGUCAGCCUCGACGCCAUAAAAUUCUACACGGACAGUAGGGUGGUACUGGGAUACAUAUGCAACGAGUCGAGACGAUUCUACGUGUAUGUCAGCAACAGAGUUGAGCGCAUACGCAGGUCAAGCCAUCCUGAUCAGUGGAACUACGUUCCCAGCGAGAAGAACCCUGCCGACGUAGCCACAAGAACAGUCUCUGCUGGUCGUCUCGCUGAAACAACCUGGCUAACUGGCCCAGACUUCCUGCGUGCGAUAGACAUCCCCAUGUCAGGGACUGCUUGCGACACCUUCCAACUUGUGGAUCCAGAGGGGGACGAGGAGGUCCGUCCACUUGUCACAACAUUCGCAACCAACGCAUCACUGCAUCUGCGGCUUGGCUCUCAGAGGUUCGAACGAUUCUCAAGUUGGACAAGGCUUGUCAGGGCAAUCGCGCACCUGCAGCACAUUGCGCGUUCGUUCCAGUCCCAGCGUGAUGCCACGUCCCAACCUUGCAGACACUGGCAUCUUUGUGGCAGGUCACGUACGGACGAAGAACUUUCUACAGCUGAGAAGUUAAUCAUCGCAAACGUCCAACGCGAUGUGUUCCCGAGAGAGGUCAGAUGCCUUGAGAUGGAACGUGUGGUACCGAAGGACAGCCCUCUUUGGAAGCUGGACCCUUACAUGGACGAGGACGGUCUCAUCAGGAUCGGCGGACGGCUUCGGAACUCAACCCUGAGCCAAAACGAACGACAUCCAAUUGUCGUACCUCCUCGACAUCACAUCGCCACGUUGCUGGUCCGACAUUAUCACGAAAGGGUUGCACACCAAGGCCGCCACUUCACAGAAGGUGCCAUCAGAGCAGCUGGCCUAUGGAUUGUUGGGGCCAAAAGAUGUGUCGGAUCCGUCAUCCACAACUGCAUCAAAUGUCGCAAACUGAGGGGCAAGCCUCAGCAGCAAAUCAUGGCCGACUUGCCACGAGACAGGCUUCGCACGGAUCCUCCAUUUACCUACGUGGGCGUCGACGUCUUUGGACCCUGGCUGGUGAGGGCACGCAGGACAAGGGGAGGACUCUCCAACAACAAAAGAUGGGCUGUGCUUUUCACCUGCCUCUGCGUAAGAGCGGUACACAUCGAGGUCAUCGACUCCAUGGAUACUUCUUCAUUCAUUAACGCCCUGCGGCGUUUCUUCGCCAUCAGAGGGCCCGUCAAACUGCUGAGGUCUGACUGCGGUACCAACUUCACCGGUGCGUGCAAGGAGCUGAAGAUCAACACGGCUGCCCCCGGGGACUGUGACGUGGACAGGUACCUCCAUGAGCAGGGUUGCACAUGGAUAUUCAACCCCCCUCAUGCCUCUCACAUGGGUGGUGCCUGGGAGCGUAUGAUCGGAGUUGCUCGGCGCAUUCUGGAUUCGAUGCUCCUUGGCACCGACACAUCACGACUGUCGCACGAUAUGCUCACCACACUUCUGGCAGAGGUGGCAUCCAUCGUCAAUAGCAGACCACUGACUUCGGUGUCGACGGACCCAGAGAAUCCAACCAUUCUUACCCCAAACGCUAUCCUCACGCAGAAAACGGGCGGCAUUCCUCCACCUGCUGGCGAGUUCGAGCAUGAGAACAUCUACCGGAGGCAGUGGAAACAAGUGCAAUCCAUGGCCAACGCAUUUUGGAGCCGAUGGAGUAAGGAAUAUCUCCCUACGCUGUAUGGUCGACGGCAGUGGCAGAGAAGGCAACAGGACGUUCGCGCGGGUGACAUCGUGCUUCUCAGGAACCGGGACACCGUGCGAAAUGAAUGGCCCAUGGGGCGCGUCACCAAUACAUUUCGCAGCUCCGAUGGAAGAGUGCGCAGAGUGGAGGUGAAGAUAUGCGAGCAGUAA